AUGGACCGGUUGGACCGACUGGCCUGUCGACCGAAUGGACCGGUUGGACCAACUAGCCUGUCGGCCGAAUGGACCGGUUGGACCAACUGGCAUGUUGGUCCUAUGGACCGGUUGGACCAACUGGCCUGUUGGCCGAAUGGACCGGUUGGACCAACUGGCCUGUUGGUCCUAUGGACCGGUUGGACCAACUGGCCUGUUGGUCCUAUGGACCGGGUGGACCAACUGGCCUGUUGGUCCUAUGGACCGGUUGGACCAACUGGCCUGUUGGUCCUCUGGACCGGUUGGACCAACUGGCUUGUUGGUCCUGUGGACCGGUUGGACCAACUGGCCUGUUGGUCCUGUGGACCGGUUGGACCAACUGGCCUGUUGGUCCUGUGGACCGGUUGGACCAACUGGCGUGUUGGUCCUAUGGACCGGUUGGACCAACUGGCCUGUUGGUCCUGUGGACCGGUUGGACCAACUGGCCUGUUGGUCCUGUGGACCGGUUGGACCAACUGGCCUGUUGGUCCUAUGGACCGGUUGGACCAACUGGCCUGUUGGUCCUAUGGACCGGUUGGACCAACUGGCCUGUUGGUCCUAUGGACCGGUUGGACCAACUGGCAUGUUGGUCCUGUGGACCGGUUGGACCAACUGGCCUGUUGGUCCUAUGGACCGGUUGGACCAACUGGCCUGUUGGUCCUAUGGACCGGUUGGACCAACUGGCCUGUUGGUCCUGUAGACCGGUUGGACCAACUGGCCUGUUGGUCCUAUGGACCGGUUGGACCAACUGGCCUGUUGGUCCUCUGGACCGGUUGGACCAACUGGCUUGUUGGUCCUAUGGACCGGUUGGACCAACUGGCCUGUUGGUCCUCUGGACCGGUUGGACCAACUGGCCUGUUGGUCCUGUGGACCGGUUGGACCAACUGGCCUGUUGGUCCUGUGGACCGGUUGGACCAACUGGCCUGUUGGUCCUGUGGACCGGUUGGACCAACUGGCCUGUUGGUCCUCUGGACCGGUUGGACCAACUGGCCUGUUGGUCCUGUGGACCGGUUGGACCAACUGGCCUGUUGGUCCUGUGGACCGGUUGGACCAACUGGCCUGUUGGUCCUGUGGACCGGUUGGACCAACUGGCCUGUUGGUCCUAUGGACCGGUUGGACCAACUGGCCUGUUGGUCCUGUGGACCGGUUGGACCAACAGGCCUGUUGGUCCUGUGGACCGGUUGGACCAACUGGCCUGUUGGUCCUGUGGACCGGUUGGACCAACAGGCCUGUUGGUCCUAUGGACCGGUUGGACCAACUGGCCUGUUGGUCCUAUGGACCGGUUGGACCAACAGGCCUGUUGGUCCUAUGGACCGGUUGGACCAACUGGCCUGUUGGUCCUAUGGACCGGUUGGACCAACUGGCCUGUUGGUCCUAUGGACCGGUUGGACCAACUGGCCUGUUGGUCCUAUGGACCGGUUGGACCAACUGGCCUGUUGGUCCUAUGGACCGGUUGGACCAACUGGCGUGUUGGUCCUAUGGACCGGUUGGACCAACUGGCCUGUUGGUCCUCUGGACCGGUUGGACCAACUGGCGUGUUGGUCCUGUGGACCGGUUGGACCAACUGGCCUGUUGGUCCUGUGGACCGGUUGGACCAACUGGCCUGUUGGUCAUGUGGACCGGUUGGACCAACUGGCCUGUUGGUCCUGUGGACCGGUUGGACCAACUGGCCUGUUGGUCCUGUGGACCGGUUGGACCAACUGGCCUGUUGGUCCUGUGGACCGGUUGGACCAACUGGCCUGUUGGUCCUGUGGACCGGUUGGACCAACUGGCCUGUUGGUCCUGUGGACCGGUUGGACCAACUGGCCUGUUGGUCCUAUGGACCGGUUGGACCAACUUGCCUGUUGGUCCUAUGGACCGGUUGGACCAACUGGCCUGUUGGUCCUAUGGACCGGUUGGACCAACUGGCCUGUUGGUCCUAUGGACCGGUUGGACCAACUGGCCUGUUGGUCCUAUGGACCGGUUGGACCAACUGGCCUGUUGGUCCUAUGGACCGGUUGGACCAACUGGCCUGUUGGUCCUAUCGACCGAUUGGACCAACUGGCCUGUUGGUCCUAUGGACUGGUUGGACCAACUGGCCUGUUGGUCCUAUGGACCGGUUUGACCAACUGGCCUGUUGGUCCUAUGGACCGAUUGGACCAACUGGCCUGUUGGUCCUAUGGACCGAUUGGACCAACUGGCCUGUUGGCCGAAUGGACCGGUUGGACCAACUGGCCUGUUGGUCCUAUGGACCGGUGGACCAACUGGCCUGUUGGUCCUAUGGACCGGCCUGUUGGUCCUAUGGACCGGUUGGACCAACUGGCCUGCUGGUCCUAUGGACCGGUUGGACCAACUGGCCUGUUGGUCCUAUGGACCGGUUGGACCAACUUGCAUAAUGUUCCAAUGGACCUGUUGGACCAACUGGCCUGUUGGCCGAAUGGACCGGUUGGACCAACUGGCCUGUUGGCCGAAUGGACCGGUUGGACCAACUGGCCUGUUGGUCCUAUGGACCGGUUGGACCAACUGGCAUGUUGA